AUGGGGACUGUUAAUCCACCCGCGAAAUAUAAAGGAGGCUCCUUCCCGUACGCGUGCAAGAUCACCGACGACUACACGAAGAUGAAAGAAGUUUACCUGCUUCGCAAGAAAUCUGACACGACCGAGGCGGUGCACACGUACAACAUGUGCGUCGCAGCGGCAGGAGGCUACCGGAUCGAGACCAUCCGCUGCGACAAGGGAGGCGAGAACACCGGAUCCGAAUUUCGGGACUACUGCAAGAAUUCAGCUAUCAAGCUCGAAUACGCCGCCACCAACACCCCUCAACAAAUUGGUGUAUCGGAACGGGACGGACAAACCCUGGCCGGAGUCACCCGGUGUCUUCUGAAGGAUGGAGAUUUUCCGCCGUCCAUGUGGGGGGAGUUAAUGCUGACUGUGGCAUACCUGUUGAACAGUUCCCCACACUCAGCACUGGGAGGAGCUACGCCAUACUCGAAGUUGCACAAUAAGUCACCUGAUCUCUCGGGACUUCGGGUCAUUGGAGCGCGCGCCUUCGUACACCACGAGAGAUACCGAAAGAAGCUGGACGACAGAGCUUUCGAAGGCAAGCUAUGUGGUUUCGGCCUCGACAGCCAGACCUACCGGGUAUUGAAUCCAUCCAACGGGGCCGUGGUCGAGAGCCGGAAUGUGACUUUCAUCGAAUCUCCACCCCGCUCAGUGCCCUUCCAGUAUUCCACUGAAGCAAACGGGUACGAGAGCGACGUGCUGAGCUUCACCUCCCUGCUGGACAGCCCCCACUCGACGAGCGACCUGGACUUCACGGCGCAGAACGAACUCCUUCGGCAAGAUGUCCCGAAGAUGCAGCAAGACAAUCUCGCUCGGGAGGAGCUUCGCCUAGAACUGGACGGGCACGAGGACGAACAUGGAAACGGGCAAGAUCUCGGCGACGGGGACCAUCACACAUCUCCCAUCGACGCCAGCUGGACCGUCAUCCGAGACCCACGCAUCUAGUCCCAGUCCAUCAUCGUCGAACCCGCCUGAGCCGGACACUUCUGCAUCAACUGGAUCCUCCGGCGUGCGGCGCCUGCAAGUCACCAGAGCCAGCACGCGCGGGAAGCCCACCAGCGACGAUCAUAUCGACGUCAACUUGGUUCCUGCCAAUCUGGAAGUCACCAUGAACGACCGCGGUCGAGCCCAUGCUACAACGGGCCGCGUGGAGCCAUACGGUCUUUUCUUUACUCAGCUGGCUGAGAUAGCCGAUCAAGCCCAGCUCCCAUGCGCUGGCGAUACUGAGGAUUUCGCCCACGUUGCGGAAGACCCCUUCACGGUGCCGCGUGCUCACGCCUACGUCACGACCACUCACGAACACCACGGGAUCUUGGAGGAGACGAAUCAAGCGAUCAAAAUCCCCAACACCUACGACGAAGCCAUGAGCUCUCCCCAGCGCGAAGAAUGGAAAGGAGCGUGCAGCAAGGAAAUGGACAAUCUGCGGAAACACAACGUCUACAAUCUGGUNCGCGUGCUCACGCCUACGUCACGACCACUCACGAACACCACGGGAUCUUGGAGGAGGAGAAUCAAGCGAUCGAAAUCCCCAAAACCUACGACGAAGCCAUGACCUCUCCCCAGCGCGAAGAAUGGAAAGCAGGGUGCAGCAAGGAAAUGGACAAUCUGCGGAAACACAACGUCUACAAUCUGGUGCCCCUCAGCAGNACGCCCCAGUAUGCCGUAUCGGGAGCAUUCGCAUGGCGUGUGCCAUUGGCUGCCACAACAACUGGCCCAUCCACCAACUGGACGUUGUCGGUGCCUUCCUGAACGCCCUCUGCGACAGAGAUGUGUACGUCAGACCCGCCCCCGGUACAUCCGCCAAGAACUCCGCGACGGGAGAACCCAUGGUGUACAAACUAGAACGGAGCCUCUA